GGGAGCAGCGGGAAGCAGCGCUGGCCGGUUCCCUGUGGCGGCAGCUCGCCCUCCGACCACCCUCUGCUGGGAGGCCCCGUGGAGGUGGCCAGUCCUGCACACACUGCCCUUUCCUUCAGGAAGGUCACUUGGUCCUGGGCACAGGAGGCUUUGCCUGUGGCUGGGAGCUGCUGGGUACACGCGAGGCGGGAGCCCUGAAGAGAAGCUGCUGCCUGGUUGGCAUCACGGUCUCCAUCUCUUCACCAUGUGGCACAAGGCGUUUUGGAGUGCCCUGGAGUACACCUGCCGGCUGCUGGGCAUCUCCACUGCAGCAGUGCUCAUCGGUGUGGGCGUAGAAACUCUGCAGCGAGGACAGUUCAAAAGCCUGGCUUUCUAUCUGCUUUUUUCAGGGGUUGCAGUUACUGUCUGUGAAGGCUUCUUCUUUAUCAGUUUGUUCCUGGAGAUGUGCUUCACAUACGAGCCUGACUCGCUGGCACAGGCCUGCUGGAAGCGAGCUAGAUGCCCAGGGAGCUUCCAGAAAUUCCUGGGGUACACACUUCUCUCAGUGGCUUGCUUCCUACAUCCUGUCCUCAUCUGGCACGUCACCAUCCCUGGGUCCAUGCUGGUGCUCACCGCCCUGGCCUACUUCCUGCUGAGCAAGAGAAGGAAGAGCGCAGGGCACAAAGAGACGCAUCCUGAGACAGGCCAGUAUGUGGACCCUUCAGGCACCGUUGCAGCACCAACCAUUGCUGGUGACACUGAGCAGACCUACACCUUCCACGGGGCCCAGAGGGAGCAGCACCGUUCACUGCUGGGCCACAUGAAGAGCAUCCUGAAGGGCAGCAAGGACAGGAGCCCAGCCCCAGUAGCUCCUGCUGAGCCAGCAGCCCUGCCAGCCCCACGCAAGCAAGUGCACUUCCAGGAGAAGGUGGUGCAGAUCAUCCCCUCUGUCAGUGAGAGCUUAGAGGACGUGGACAGUGAGGCUGAAGAGACCACAUCGGACACAACACCCAUCCUCACCCCACCCGAUGUGCCUGUCAUCCUCUCUCCCCUCAGCACCACGGGCCUUUUUUGAGCCCCCAGCAGGAAUGAGGAUGGGACAGAGCUGCUACCCCUGGCACUGGCAUCUUUCCCUGCCGCUCCAGCAGCCAAAGUGCCCUGAGAAGUGGCCUUCCUUGCCCUUCCUGCCUCCAGGGUGACAACUGUGUCACCUCCUCUUCAAGGGGCUGCCUGCGCUACAUGGUCCCACACCUUGUGACAGAGCCAGUGGUGGUCCCCAGCCCCUGCAGCACCAUGCCCAGGAGACAGGGUAGUGCCAGGACAGUAAGGUUACUGUUCCCAUGGCCUUAUGCAUAGGUCACCCCCCUGUUAUGGCACUACACAUCAGAGCUGCUGUUCCUGCCUAACAUCACAGCCAUGGUGUGUGCCUCCCAUGACACAGCAGCAGGCAGGAGGGGAGACCACCAUGUCCCCAGAGCAGCCUCUUCUGAGGGCAGUUGUCUCCCUCCUGCUCUUGCUGCACCAUGAAGAGCUCAGGGCUGGGCCACUUUCAACACAGGUCACAUUCAGCACCUGCAGCCUGCAGGUUCCCUCAUAGCACCUGCACCAGCUGCAGCAGGCCCAGGGCAUCCAAAAUGUCACUUCAGAGGUGAGAUGAGACCAAGCACAUGCCUGGGGCUAGCACCUGGUAAGUGCACUACAUUGAAACACACUCUGAGCCCAGCAGGGAAAUCACCUCUGGACUUGGGGACACCUAUGGAGGAGCAAGGACACUGGGAUUUUCUCAUGUCCCCUGCCUGGACAGCCCUCUUGAGUUAGAAGAGCUUUGGGAUGAUGUGGCAGCUCAGGUGGUGAGAUUCAGCACCAUGAUGGCACAGCAGAUUCUGUGUAACUCCCAAUGUGAUUUAAUUAUGGGCGCCAGAGGGCAAAGGCAAUAAUAAAAGUUGCAACACUGUCCCACCAGUCCCCUCCAUGCCAGCUCUUCCAUGAACCCUUCACCUCUGGCUUAAUCCUACCAUAUUUUCUGCCCUUUGAGGACCAUUCACCUAUAAUCAGGCAUUUCUCUCCUAUUCAACUUACCGCUUGGCUCUCUCCCACCAGAGGACUAAGACUGACUGCUUCCAGAUGGCAAAAGCCAUCUGUGCCUGCAGAUCCCAUCACCAACACACUCUCAUCAGUGUCAUGCAGCUCUUUUGGCUGGCCAUGGGAAGGAACCCGGGUGUCCUGGUUUUCUCAGGCAUGGGACAUGAAGCCACACUGACACCACUGCUGGGAUGAAGAGGCACAUGCUAUUGGGGUGAGGUGGUGGUAAGGAGAGAAGAUCCCUGAGACUUGCUAAAAUAUAUUUAUAAGAUAGAAGCCAGUGGGGCUCAGUGCUCUGAGUCUCAAUCACCAUGUUCAUUUAGGAAAGCAAUGAAGUGUGGAAAUGUAAAGUGUAGGAGUUCAAAAUCAGAAGGUAAUUGAGAUAAGAACCCAGUGCUAUUUCUUAAUAAACUCUUUUUAAGUGA